UAAAAACAAAACAAGUUCACGUGUUUUGUUAUUUCUCUAGUGUAACCUCUAUAAUUUUCAUUUGUUCCUGAUAUCUUAUAAUUCAAUUACUAAUUUACGCAGUAAGUUUUAUAAUAAUUAACAAUUUAUUAUUUAUUAAAAUGGAUUACCACAAGAUAUUAAAUAUUUUAAUAACCAAAACAGAUGAAUUAAAAGAAUUUGAUGAAAGGUUGACAGAAAUAUUGAUGGAAGCAUCAAAAUUUCUGCCAGAGGAUUUAAAGGAGGAGUUGGAAACUGAGUACCAGCAGUCUGAGGAUCUGUCAAUAAGGCGCAAGUACUUGCAGACUAUUUUACGUGUCAUAGAAAUACUCAAUAGACAAGUAUUAUCAAAGAGUGAAACCUACAUGAGCGUAAAUGAGUACCGGGGAGUGAAGGUCGCCAUCGAAAUGUCGAUAUCUUUAGGAAUAAUUCCGUGUCUUUUGCCGGGAAUUGGAUUGGGACUGAGUAAAUUAUCGCGCAAUGCAAUAAAAUUAACUCCGGAAUCUCUCACAGAUCUACAGAAAUACGACCGACUGAUGACGACAACGCGAGUACUCACUUCCUGUUACGACGAAAUAUCUUUGAGGCCCGCGAUUCUUGCUCAUCUAGGCCCGAUAGUCGGCGCAUUGUUCCAACUGGCCCACGCUCCGCUGGUGAAGCCGUCAAAGGACACCGGGUCGCCAACGCAGAUGACUCAGGAACUUUAUCAACAAUUUACAAAAGACCAGGAAGAGUUUAAAGAUAUUUUGACAAAGCUGGUGGACAAUUGUCCGCGUUCUUUGAUGAUCAAAGAACUGAUGGUGCUGUCAGGUCUUGAGAAAGCUCCCAAUUGGUUAAAACGAACCACCAGAGUCUACUUGAUGGCUGCUAUCGUCGAACCGAACGGUGUCAUGUCUUUAAUUAACGCGACCUGCGAAGAUCUAGACCUGGGUCUUCACUGGGAGCGGCUGGACACCAUCUCCAGGUUGGUUGUAAGCUCCUCCAAAGACUCUGGAUACUUUGACUCAGUCUGCGGGCAAUUCUUGGAGAUCUUGAAUUCAAAAAAUAUAAAACACUCGACUACGAUCGCAAACUCGUUGAUCUCGACUCUGCAUGAAGUUCAUCCAGAAAUUUGCAUUGAUAAAAUAAUAAAUGUCAUCACAGCGCCGUUGUCUUCGGUACCCGGUGAUCUGAAACAUGGAGAAGAUGUCCAGGUGGUUAAAACAGAGACAGAAGUCCACGAGUGCAUCGAGAACUUGGUGAAAUGCUUCGUACCCCAGUCCAAGUGCAAAUAUUUGCCUAUCGAGUUGAUUAAAAAUAUUUCCCUGCCUCUUUUUUACAUGUACGUAAAAAUUCACAAGAGUCCGCUGCUCCUAAAGUCCAAAGUCCGCGAUCUGCUGGUCCAGUUGCUUAAAAAUGAGUCGCUGAUGCAGGAUUUAUUCCAGGCGUUUCUUCAUGACGGGCGUGAAGGCUUCGGAAGACGAUUGUUUUAUAGAUUUGGCGCUAGUGGGAGCGUCGAAGUAGUGAGUGGGCCAGAGGAUAAAGGAAAAUUGGAAGUAGAGGAAGAAGUUGAAGAAACAGCUGACAGUCUUCUAGACCUGGUAAGACCGGAUGAAAAUUUGUCGACCAGCCUGUUGAAUUAUUUGCUAAAAUGGCUGAGUAUCAAGACAUCUAGGAGUAAAAAUUACUUGGGCAAUGAAGAGGAUCUUGUGGAUGACAUUUUCAAGCAGCUUGUGGCCGAGAAGUUGUUGAUUAAUUUAGCCAGCGCGUCUGGAGUACAACGAGGGCUCAUCAAAUCGCCUGACCCGCUGCUGGGUUUCAUAAAGUCUCUAUUCAACGCCGGCACUGAUAACUACGAACUGAUUUACGCGAGUCUGAUGCUAGUCAAAGUUAUUUUGGAAGAGAGGCCCAAAGAUUGGAAGCCUUUUGAAGAACUGGCUGAUUUCUUGCAGGGACAGCUGAAGGAUUUCAGCGGAUCGGGACUUGUGGAUUUAAUUGGACAAGUUUCCAAGCUGAUCAGAAUGAAGGGGAAAGCUCCAAGAUACAAAGAUUUGAAUGUCGACAAUAAACUGGACGAUAAUUUUGAUAAAGCGCUCCAAGAUCUCGCUGACCCGUUGCUGCCGGUUCGAGCUCAUGGUCUGAUAACUCUGACCAAGUUGAUAGAGACCUCGGACCCCCGGGCUCUUGACAAAAAAGACCUGGUGCUCUGUCUGUUCAAAGAGAACCUCAAAGACGAGGAUUCAUUCGUUUAUCUGACUGCCGUCAAUGGACUCUGCGCAAUGGCGCUCAAAUUUCCGAAGCAGGUGAUCGAAGCACUGGUCCAGGAGUUCGUCGACAUGCCGACUCGUGGCAAGGGCGAGAUCGCUCCAGAGAACCGCGCAAAGCUGGGCGAGAUUCUGGUAAAAACUACCAGGUUGCUCGGAGACAUGGCGCCGGCUUACAAGAGUCUGCUGAUCAACGGUUUCCUCAGCGGGGUUCGUGACCAAGACUCAUUGGUAAGGGCGUCGAGCCUCUCGUGCCUCGGAGAACUCUGCAAAGUGCUUGGAUUUAAAUUAGGUAACGCUAUCACGGAAGUGCUGUACUGUGUCGGGCGUAUUAUUGAAACGGACAAGGAACAAGAGUGCAGACGUGCUGGGGUUCUUGUUAUUAAUUUAUUGAUUCGCGGACUCGGUAAGGAUGUACUUACUGACCUGGGUAACGAACUACUACCGGUUUAUCGUGCUCUCAAGUUUCUAAGGGAUAAUGAUAGUGAUGAUGUGCUCCGUCUUCAUGCUCAAUUAGCUCUCGAAGAACUUGAUGAUAUUGUUAAAGAUAUUUUAUUCACCAAACCUCUGCUACAAAAAAAUAUUUAUUUGAUUUCUUAGAAUAAACAAUUACUGUAAUUCAUGUAAAUAUACUUUACUUUGUUAUUAAAGAUUUAUAUUGUUUUAUAAUUACAUUUUUUUCAAUUAUUUU